CGCUGGUUUCGAGUGUUGCCUCGUGUUAAUCGUGCUGUCCACUUGCCUCGUUCCAGAUUCACACCCUGUUGGUGGUGGUGUCUGUGUCACAGGCCCAAUCGCCGAUCUGGCCUUUGCAAGACCCCCUUACGCCGCCCCUGUUCAAUUCUUCAUAUGAUUGCCCCGGAGUCAAAUGGCUUAUGAGAGGGCCGCGAGGUUGCCGUGUGCGUGCUCGAAGUCCGCAGUGGGCUUUAAAAGCCAUGCAUUCUUCAGGGUGUUAGCAAGCAUUCCGUUUUCCGUCCAACCGACUACGCUACAAUCGUCGUUUCCCGUGCUCCCUUCCUGUCUCCUUCUGAAGUCAUCUGAAAACUGAAGAGAUGCUCGAAGCUUUCAAGAUCAAAGAGUUCGAUCUUAGCCCAAUCUACGAAGGAUGGAAGAACCCUCCCAUGUUCUACGGAGAUUCCAAGCGGGACAUGUCCGUAGACGACUGGCUCGAGAAAAUUAGAGCUGGUUGUGUCGAACGCAAGGUGCCAGAGGAGUACUGGCAUAAGGUUGCCCAGCACUACCUCGGCGACAAAGCCAAAGCGCGUUUGGUAGAGUUGAAGAAUGUCAUGGCUCAGAUGAACGGAGGCAAGUACCGUUGGAGUUGGAAGAAAUUUAAGAUUGCAAUGAAGAAUAUGGGUUGGGAAAUCGAUAUGCAUGCAACGACCCCUGUGGAGGUCCAGCAGAAAUCCUCCCAUCUUGGAACUUUCUGGCUGACUCGUCGGCGAUCCUCCUCCAAGAGUAGCACUCGCUCGACGUCGUCAGCAUCUUCGAAAGAGAAGGAGGUUAUCGAGAUUGUUAGAGCCGACCCUCCUCAACCUCCUCCAAAAGAUCGACCAAACCCGGUUAAGAUGCUCUCCGAAACCGCGGUAAAUGUUGCUACCUCUGCAUUCAAGCACCGCUCACCGCAGCGUGCGAACACGACGGGUCCUGCAGUUGCCACUGCUCCGUCGUCAUCAUCCCCACCUCUUUCAAUGAUAGCAACCACUCCAGGAGCCAUCGUUCCUGGAAACAAUGGUGAAACCAACAAUGCAGUAACUACUGUAUCCAACGUUCCGACGUGGCUGCUGAACGCUUGCCAAGCGCUCAAUUUCCUCACUGCCGAACAUCCCAAAGCGAUGACAACGCUAAGUGCGGUCCUUAUUACCGCAGGAACGUUGCCUGCCAUCCCUGCAAUAAGCGGAGGUACAGUCUUAGCCUCUGGAGUUGCCCAAGCUGUCGGGGCAAUUGCGGUAGGAGUUGGGAACCUCCUCAAAGCACAGCAUGAAGGACAAAUUCAAAUGUCUGGGCAGCCCGACGGUGUUGCUCCGGCACCUCGCCCACCGAUACGAGCAGCUACGUUCAUGUGAACGUUCUCACGUUCCAUUGUUUUCGGCCUCUCCGUUCUGCUGGCCGACAGCGUUAACCAGUGAACGUUCACUCGGAUGGUCGCGCUGGUCCGUGGUCUUACAGCACCGAUCCGGACUCUCGUUAAUCGAGACG